CAAGCUCAGCCUCCUGUACCCACCCUCCGCCGCCCACCCCUCCAUAUCGCCCUCGUCCCCGUCCGCACGCACGCUGCAGGCGCUGCUGGAGAGCUGGGUCGUGGACGCGGGGCUGUUUGCCAGGGCCGGCCAGCUGAUCCCCGCUGAUAUGCCGCUGAUGCAGGACCCGGUGUUCGUGCGGGAUCGCGAGGAUUACACGGGCAGGAGCUGGAGUAAGCGGGCGUUGGAGAAGGCGAGGCCCGAGGCGUUGGUCGAGGUUAGGGCUGGGUUUGAGGUGUUGGAGAGCAGGCUGUUGGGGGAUGGGAGGACUGUCUGGGUACCCCACUGGCUCCGCAGUCUCAAAGGCGCACUUCCCAGCAACUACAUCUCUGCAACCCAGUUCCCGCUCACAUUCGCCUGGAUCCAACGCUUCGACAGCGCAGCCAAAGCCGCCGCCUCUUCAUCUCCUCGCGCGCCUAAGAUAACGCCAGAAGAAGCGUUGGAUAUUGUUGGGAGAGGCAGUUUUCCUGAACCCGAAGGAGAUGUGGAGGUUAAUGAUCCUAGUGGGUUGAAGAAAGGGGAUGAGAUUGAGGUCUGGCCGAUUGAUACGGGGUUUAAUCAUAGAGAUAAAGGGCGUCUGGUGAAGUUGGAUGGGGCGGAGAUUGUUAUUGAGGGGAAGACGGUCAAGGGAGGUGCGAUUAGGAUUCAUUGCCCGAGACAUGGGUUUAGGGUCCGCAAGGUUGCAGGUGAUGCGAAGCUGUAG